AUGUUAAUCAAUGGUUAUUCUGCUACAACAAUUGCCAAAGAACACACACAAUUUUCGUCGUCGUCGUUCUUUUUAAAUAAUAAUAAUUAUUUCCAAAAGUCGAAAUUUAUUUCAUCAUCAUUAAAUAUCAAUAAUGUUAAUAAUCCCAAUAAUAAUUUUGGAAUAACAAUCAAACGUUAUGCAACUACGACUCAGUCACCUGUUAUAGCUAAAACCAAAUUUUCAGAGAAUUUCUAUCAAUUGGUGAUUGAUGGAUUUAAAGUAAAAGAUUAUUAUUUUUUGAAACAACCCAUAAGUACGGAAGAGGAAGAUAAAUUUAUGCGAUUUUAUAAAGAAAAUUAUCUCGAUAAAGUUAAUUAUAAAUUAUUAGAAGAUAUAUUUACUCAAAGGGCAAGGAGAUUGUCAGAACUCGAAGCCAAAAUACCAAUUGAUUUAACUUUAUUGCAAAAUGAUUUUGCUGGAUGGCUUGAAUCAAUCGGAUGUGGGAUAUAUGCUUCUCAUUUUGAGGGGAAAUCAUGGAAAGAAAUAAUAUAUAUGGAUUGGAGAGAGCUCGAGGCUUUGGGUAUGAGAUCCCGGGGUUUAAGAACUAGAUUAGUAAGAUUUUGUUAUAGAGCAAGAGAAGAAUUGGAGAAAACUUUAAAAAAAUUGGAUGAUACAAUCAGUCCAGACAGUGCAGACCAAUACGGUUCAGAUCAAUAUGAUUACCAAUGCAAUUCAAAAGACCAACACGGCUUAAAACGACACAGUUCAGAAGACCAAUACAGUUUAAAACGAUACAGUUCAGAAGACCAAUACAGCCCAGAUCGACAAAGUUCUGGCUCAGAUCGGUACAGUUCAGGUUCAGAUAGAGACAGUUCAGAUUUAGACCGAUGCAGUUCAGACCGAUACAUUUCAGAUCGAUAUAGUUCCGAUCGAUGCAGUCCAGGACAAUACAGUUCAAAUAGAUACAAUUCUAAUCGACACAGUUCAAAUCAAUACAGCCAAAGUCGAUAUAAUUCCAGCUCGGAUCAAUACAGUUCAGGUCGCUACAGUGCAGAUCGACGCGAUCCAGGUCAUAACAGUUCAGAUCAGUAUAGAAACAGCCCAAAUCGAUAUAGUUCAGGUCAAUAUAGAAACAGUUCGGAUCGAUAUAGUUCAGGUCAAUAUAGAAACAGUUCGGAUCGAUAUAGUUCAGGUCAAUAUAGAAACAGUUUAGAUCGAUAUAGUUCAAGUCAAUAUAGAAACAGUUCAGAUCGAUACAAUUCAGAUCGAUAUAGCUCAGAUCGAUACGAUUCAGAUCGUUAUAGCUCAGAUCGAUACAAUUCAGAUCGUUAUAGCUCAGAUCGAUACAAUUCAGAUCGUUAUAGCUCAGAUCGAUACAAUUCAGAUCGAUACAAUUCAGAUCGUUAUAGCCCUGGCUAUAGCUUAGAUCGAUACAGAAUGAAAGGUACCACUAAAAAUCUAUAG